UGGCCCGAAGUCUCCGCUUCCACCGUUCGAAAGCAAACUUCGAUCUCUUUUGCUUCACUCGGGUAGGUGGUAGAAGGCAGUCGCCCUGAUGGAUCAGUGGAUGAAGAAGAUGAAGGAUGGCGGCGUUACUUACGCUUAUCUCAUCUUUUACAUUGCCAUAUCAAGUGGUCAGAUUUUCUUCAACAAGUGGGUUUUGUCUUCGAAGGAGAUCAACUUCCCUUAUCCUGUGGCAUUGACUCUGCUGCAUAUGCUUUUCUCCUCUGUUCUGUGCUUCAUUCUAACUAAACUUCUGAAGAUUAUCAAGAUUGAGGAGGGAGUGACAACAGAAAUAUAUUUUACCUCCAUUAUUCCAAUUGGUGCAAUGUUUGCAAUGACCCUAUGGUUGGGAAACAGUGCAUACCUCUACAUAUCUGUUGCUUUUGCGCAGAUGUUGAAAGCUGUCAUGCCCGUAGCUGUAUUCAUUCUUGGCGCUGCGGCUGGCCUUGAAGUACUGAGUUGCAGAAUGUUUCUGAUAAUGUCUGUCAUCAGUUUAGGGGUUAUUAUUGCCUCCUAUGGGGAAGUCACUGUUAGUUGGGUUGGAGUGGUAUAUCAGAUGGGUGGUGUGGUAGGAGAAGCCCUCAGGCUUAUCUUCAUGGAAAUUUUUGUGAAAAGAAAAGGCAUACGCCUGAACUCAAUAUCAGUGAUGUAUUAUGUCAGUCCAUGCAGCGCAUUCUGCCUCUUUGUCCCAUGGUUAUUCCUUGACAAGCCAAAAAUGGAUUCUGCCGGGCCUUGGAACUUUCCACCUCUUAUAUUGUUUCUUAACUGCCUCUGCACCUUUGUGCUCAAUCUCUCAGUUUUCCUUGUUAUCUCGAGAACAAGUGCACUGACUAUUCGUGUUGCUGGAGUUGUGAGGGACUGGGUGGUGGUUUUAUUUUCUGCCGCUCUAUUUUCUGAUACAAAGUUGACAGUUAUCAACCUAAUUGGUUAUGGAAUAGCCAUUGCUGGUGUUGUGGCAUACAACAAUAACAAGCUCAAGAAGGAAGCAUCUGGGAUCAGUCCAACUGGAAACACUGAUUCUAGAGAUGAGUUGAGAUCAGAUGAUAUUCGCGUACAGCUGACUUCUUCCAACGAAACAAGAUAGAUUUCAUUCUUUUCGUCUGAAAUGCCAACUUCUUCUCUGUAUAUCAUUGAUUUGGAGCAGCACGCUGCGAAGCCUGAAGAAAUCACUGUCAAGGUUGAUAUCUUUGCAUCUAGCAUUUAUUUUCUUUAUUUUUUUCUUAAACUAGUUCUUCAAACAAUA